AUGGCUUCGACUCCGCAGAUUAUCCUUUGUCAAUUCUCAUUACACGAUGGUUUCAACACGGAACCCAGAACUAGAUUACAAGCGAAAGGGCGGAGCUUGGGUCCUUCUCUGCUCGGAAACAAGUUGGGGUUGAGAGCUUCCUCGAUUGAGCAUAGACAGAGGCUGAGAGAGACACGGCGAGUGAUGAUGGGUCUGGGAGAAAUUGGGAUUCUAGCGAGUGAGAAGACUCUUAACCGGAAAAGACGGUUGGUUAAGGUUAGCUGUAACAAGGGUUUAGGUUUCAAUGGCGGAGAUAACAACGGAAACGGGAGAAUCCUCGGGAACCUUGCUCUGGCUAUUGGUUUGACUUAUCUCUCUAUGACCGGUCAGCUUGGUUGGAUUCUGGACGCUAUUGUCUCCGUCUGGCUGAUUGUGGUGAUUGUUCCAAUUUUGGGGUUGGGAGCUUUUCUGUGGUGGGCACAACGAGAUAUUGUCCAGAGCAGUUGUCCGAAUUGUGGAAACGAAUUUCAGAUAUUCAAGUCGUCGUUGGACGAUGAAGUACAGCUUUGCCCUUUCUGCACUCAGCCAUUCUCGGUGGUGGAUGAUAAGUUCGUUAUGGAGCCAGUGAAAUUCUCCAACCAAACCACUGCUUUCGGACAAGACCUAAAUGGGUUUUCUUCUGCACCUAAGAAAGGAUCGGGUAUCUCAACAGCGAUCGUAGACAUAGAAGCUGAAGUAACAGAUGCAGACUGA